AUGAUGCCCGCAGUUUCUCCGACGGGAGGGUCGAGGUCUAGACGAAGGGGGCGACGAAGGGAGGGCGAGCAAGGGCUCGGCGCAUCAGUCUCCGCGCGGCAGGCCCCAGUCGCAACCGUUGGCAGCUGGGACGCGGGGGGUGGGUCUCGCGCUUCAUGCUCCAACAACGGGAUAUUCCUUUCUUCCUCUGGCCUAUCUCGGGAUUACUGUGGACAGCGCGGCGCGUGGCUGCGGGAUCCGAGAAACAGGUCACGGCUAGACCCUGGUUCUGGUUCUGACUGCUUGAAGACGGGCUGCCCGUAA